AUGGAGUCCGAUGAGACGGUCAAAACCCUAGUCAAAGAGCUUCUUCUCUCCCCAGUCCUCUCAUCACUGGAAUUUCUCCUCUCCUACCUGACCCCACCACGAGGAGAAGACCGAGACAGGGUCCAAGCAGAGGUCAUUUUCGCCUACUGCCGCCAGCACUACCCCAACGCUCUCUCACUCAAGCUCAGUGACCUCCUUGAAUCCUCUACCGAAUUCAAUAGCACUUCCCUCUACGCCACCCUCCUCCACGGCCUUCUAUCUCGGCAGUCAACCAACAUCUCCCCCAUGAUCUUAACCGAGCUCAAGCCCCGGAUUUUUACUUGCUUUCAACAACAAAGAAUAAACCCCACCAAUUUCAGGACUCUGUCCAAGUCAAUAUCAAUUGUUGCUUCCAGGGUCUUUGAGACAGAACACGGAGAUUGGCAAGAGCUUCUUGAUUAUGUAGUUUCGUCUGUUGAUUCCGAUGAUUUGAACGAAUUGGCCUUUAUGGUGUUCUCUGAUUUGCCAAUGAAUAUGGGUCGAUUCUUGAAGCCAAAAUUUGACUCUCUUUACUUGGCAUUCUUGAAGUGCUUAAGCUCGCCUAAUAUGAAAAUCCGUAUCUUGGCCUAUUCUGCUUCGUCUCUGUUGGUGCAGCAGUUGGCGGGUUUUGAUGUCGACUAUGACAACAAAGGAGAUCUCUUGCCAGCAAUGUUAAAGUUGCUAAUUGAUUUGAUCGAUGAUACGAAUGACCUGUUUAUUGAAGAGGGUCUAAAGGACUUGGUUCGCUUGGCCGCAAUAGACCCCAGCUUCUUUACAAAGCACUUGAAACAGUUGUGUGAAUCAAUGGUUCAAAUAGCCGAGGUUAAUGAUUUAUGGGAGGGCUCAAGGUAUGCAGCCCUUGAGGUUAUCAAGGCAGUAAACGAUUCCGCGACCAAGGAAAUGUCCGCUAUGAUGCAGAACCUGCAUGGCGAGAUUGUGAACAGGCUAAUCUCAUCUUCAAUGGACAUGCUUGUACGUAUUGAGCAUGAUCCUGCGUGGUAUAUUAUGGACGCUAACAAGGGUGAGAAUGCGAGGAAGAAUGCGAGGAAGACGAGGAGUUAUGAUCUUGGAAUUUGCCUGUUGGGUGUGAUUUCAUCUGCAGUGCCUGGGGAUCUUAUCCUGCCCAUUUCUUUGGAGUUGAUACAGGAGUAUCUAUCUCUUAAGGGGUGGCGGAUACGUCACGCCGGAAUCGUUACCCUUGCCGUCAUUGCAGAGAGAUGCUCAGAGGUACACUGA